UUGGAUCAUAAUAAACAAAAACUUAACCUAAAAUCACAACUCUUAAGAUGACAAUUGCAUUUUUUGAGCUUUCCGAUUUUCUUUCCAUAUAAACUAAAAAAAUUGCAGUGCAAGAUCAAAUCUACUACAAAAAUGGCUUCCAGUCUCUUUGGUUGGGACCUUCUCUACGGCAGUGUCGCGAAAGAUAUAAAAAAUAAUGCGGACAUUCUAGUGUGUCUAACUCACUUGGCUUUGGUUUCAAAUGGCUUUAAAUGCAUCGGUUUGGGAGAAAGUAAGAAUAUUGAUGGCUCAGAAUCCAAGAGCGAAUCGCUACCCAAAGGGUGGAACACUGAAUAUGCUAUUCGGUAUGUGUACCAAGGAAAAUUAUAUAAUUUGAAAGCCACCGCUUUGGACGAUGGAAUCAUCAUCAAUUUGGUACGAGUGGAUGAACGUACUGUUAGCCUAGUUCAGCUCAACUCACGCCAAGUGAGUGAAAGGACCGGGACAUUGGAUGAAAUGAUCCCAGACAACAGGAAAAUCGUCGAACAAAUCAAGAAGGAACUCAUAGACAAAGUUGUAAUCUCUGUUAAGAAACGCGACAGUUCCUGCCAAACUAACCCGGUAUCCGUUUCUUCGAGACAUUCUGGCGUUGAAGCUCCUAGGUAUCCUUAUAGAGCACCAGGAGGUCCAGUUGCAGGACCACUUCCGGCAUCGGGCCUUGUGGACCCUUUCAAUUAUGGGCGGUCUGAUUUGAACCCGUUCCCUCAUCUGCAGAGAGUAAUUCAAGAUCACAAUCCUAGUGUUGGCGGGGGGAUGCUUUUUCAACCAUCAAGAAUAGGACCAACAUUACCAGGAGGCCCAGGUAACUUAGGAAUCGCUCCAGGUUCCCUACCACCUGGGGCUCGAUUUGACCCGUUCAGGCCUCCUGAUCUGCUUCCAGGCCCACGAGGAGGACCUCGCAGGCCCGAUAACGACGAAUUUCCGCCUCCGGGUUAUGAUGAUAUGUACAUGUAAACUACUCAAGAAUCGGCUAUAUUCGAUUAAGCCCCAAUUAAUGGAAUAGGAUUUUUACUGUCACUUUUAUGUUCUAAUUCUAGGUGUUGUGGAAUAAACUAAAUAUAUCUGUAUGAUUUUCAA